CAAGCGCCAUUAAAACAAAGAUUAAAUCAAAAUUUUAUUCGAAAUAUCUAUUCAAAAAAGAAAAUGAGGCGAGAAUUACAAUGGAUGACGAGAAAUUAAUAGCUCUUAUUGAAGCUAAAAAUAAGCCAUACAACAAAAAUAGUCCAUACUACAAGCUGCAGUCCCGGAUAGAUGCUUUGUGGCAGGAAAUCGGGAAAAAAAUAAACGCAAGUGAAGAAAUGUGUCAGCGUAGAUGGCUAGCACUUCGGGAUCAAUACGGGAGGGAGCUAACGCCCCCUCAGGCAGCGAAUUGGAAUUUAUUAAGUAGUGGCAUUUGAUGAUUCUAUAAAGUUCUUGACCACAUAUUGUACCACGACCGUAAGUUUUAGUAUAUUAAUUGAAUAUACAUACUUGUAUUUAGUUACAUUUGUAAUAAGAACUUAAAUUUACAGGGUUGAAACCGUGACUCAAGUGCUACCCGCUGUCGCUGAUCAGGGUGAAUCGCAAUCACCAGCUGACGCAGCUCAAUUGCUGCCACAAGAACAUGCGCACGAGGUGCAAAUGUCAUCACCAUUAUGGCCCUUGUCGCCAUUAAGCCAGUCACCAUCGCCUCCUUUCUCAACUCCUUCCACCACAACCUCUCAGCCUUCACCGUCCUGCUCUACGCAAGU